UGUCAGACUGUCAGGUGGAACACAACGAAACACUUACAGAGAGCGGCAGCAGAUCACCGAAUGAACUCACCAUAACUCGUGAUCACCAUAACCACCACCUCCUACAUUCCUUCACCAAUUUCUCCAAUCACCCCUCAUAAAACCAAACCAAAGAAGCAAAAUCAAAUGCUUCCAAUCGAAAUGCUCGGACAUGGAGAAGACACCCCCUCCAGAUUCGAAUUGCUGAGUAUGGUGAAGAAGCACUCGAGCUUAUUGGGGAAAACAGUGAUCGUCGCGGACGAGGACGACACUUCCGAUGUCGAAUUGGACCACAGAUUCUGGCACGACGUGUUGGAUUUUUACUUCGUUCGCGGUAAAGAUUCCAGAGGACGCCAGGACGAUGAUCUCGUCUUCUUCGUCAGAAAAUUGAUCUCUUAUGGGUAUGGAUUCAGUGACGGCAAGGAAGGUGUUUCUCCGUACUUUGUACGCAGGUGGGCACCUAAGUUGGAUGACUUGAUCGGGGAAAGUAAUGUGGAUGUGGAUUGGAGGCGUACGUUUUACUUGAACUUGAUUGCUCACACUUCUUUUACUGUAACAGUGGCUAUUUGCAGUCAUCAGGACCUCCGGAAUCAUCAAGCACAGCAAGGUAUACCAUUAUCUCCAAUAUAUAAGGUUGUAAAGACUGUUUAUGCAUCUCCAAGCCGUGUCAAUUUUCAGUUGGACUCAAAAAAGGAAGUGGAGACAACACCUGCUUAUCCAGAUAUUUGUUUUGCAAUCGAUGACUUCGACUCCACUUUUGAUGCUGUGGUCUUGACUGAAACAGACCAUUGCUACUGUGUAAUUCUCAAUGCACACGAUGGGGCAGCAUUUCCGAGGGAAAAGGAGUCUAAUGAUUGCAGUCCUAGUGAUAGUUCCUCUCUGACAGUUGAGACUAACUCCGCACAGAUGAAAAAUACUAAGCUGACUCUUUUUUCAGGAUUCGUCAGCUAUCAAAUGGUUCGAGACGCAUAUGAUGCUGGCAAGUCUCGAUUUGGGAACCUUCUUGGUCAUUCCCCUGGCAAAACAGACAAACUUUACAUGAAAGGUCCCGGAGGACGUGGGGAAGUUGAAGUAGCGGUUUCUAGGGUUGCAGAUCAAAGCCAACAAGAUCUGGGUCCUUUUUCACCAGUUAUAUCCAAAAGAGGAUUUGGAAUUGGCUCCAUUGUUCGUAAAGCAGCUUCUGUUGCAUCUGUGGCUGCAAAGAAUGCCUAUGCAGCUGCUUCUUCUACCUAUAGUUUUGAUGAUGAGAUGGUACCUCUCAAAUGCUGCUUAAUGUCCAUUUCAUUACCCUGGGAACAGAUUGCAUAUGAUCUUCUCUUUAAGGGUACUCCUCCAGUGACGUUGUAAGCAUAACAUAUAUACUUCUCGCGGGCAAUGAAUACCAUAGACGAGUCUAUACACAGGCAACAGGAAAACAUGGGACGAGCAGAGACAUUUCACCGCCUGCGGUAAAUGUAAGGGUAAUCCAACUGUAGAUGGAGACUCGUCUUGCUGUUUGUGUGUGCAUCUGGUGGUGCCGGCUAAGGGCCGUCUGUAAAUUGUAUUGUAAAACAUUCAUUUCUUUUACAAGACGCGGCAUCUUCACUAUCAAUGUACUUUCCAGGUUCAGUGAACAAUAAGCUUUAGCUAUAUAUAAUAUAUUGGAGAGUGGAAGCACUUUGAAUUCGCUA